AUGGAGGAUCAAAAGCAAUUUAAGUUGGAGAUAGGUAACUUCUCGGAGAAGGAAUCUGUGAUAUCAUCACCAAAGUUCUUAAGCGGCGGCUGCGAAUGGUACGUUAACGUUUUUCCCAAAGGAGUUUGCAUUAAUGAUCAGUCCAUGUAUCUGUACCUCUGCGUUGGAAACCCUAAAUCAUUGCGACCUGGAUGGAAAAUACGAGCUAGUUUUUCCUUCGCUGUGUUGAAUCAAUCACUCGAAGAGCUCUAUAGACUAGAUGAACGGUGCCGAUUGUUCAGCGCUCACAUACUAGCAUGGGGUCGUUCUGUGCCUCGUGAGAAGCUUCAAGAAAAAGGGUUUUUGGAGAAGAAUAAACUCAUCAUAAAAACCCAAGUAAAAGUAGUUGAAGUUGUUAAUGAAGGAGAUGUAAGUGGGAAUGAUCUUUUAGAUCGUGUCCGAUAUAUGGGUUCAAAGGCGUAUUCAGUGGUAAAGCUUUUCAAAAGGCACCCGGACAUUGCAAGGAGUUUCAGACCAAGAAAGCAACUGGUGAAGACAGCAUGCAUAAACGACUUCCUCGGUUUCAUGCAGAUACUGGGUGAGCCUCCAUAUAGCUUAUCCCAGACUGAGCUAAGCAACACUCUCAGGAAUUUGAUCGAGCUAGCAGAAGCGGGAUUCACGCUAGACUGGAUAAAGGAAGAGCAUGAUAAGAUCCAAGAACGUGAGUCCAAGACUAUGAUAGCUGCACUGAAUAAGGGGGGCAAGGCUAUUAUUAGACACUGGCUCAAGGGUGUUGUUCCCUCUUGGAAAGGAUUCAAGAUCAUCGCCAAGACCGUAGGAAACGAGGUGGAUGAGGAAACAGGUUACGUGCCAGUGAUAUGCGCCCUCGCACGAUGCAAACAUAAAGACAUAGAGGCGGUCUGGGAGGCGGUUAAGUACGCGAAGAGGCCUAACAUACUCAUAUUCAUAUCUACCAGUGACAUUCACAUCAAAUAUAAGUUGAAAAAGACUAAAGAAGAAGUCAUCGAGAUGGCCGCUAGUAGUAUUAGGUUCGCUAGGUCCAAUGACGUCCAAAUCGGUUGCGAAGAUGCCGGCAGGUCGGAGAAAGAUUUUCUAUGCAAGAUUCUAGGAGAAGCGAUAAAAGCGGGCGUGACCACGGGGAACAUUGCGGACACGGUAGGGAUCAACAUGCCGGAAGAAUACGGAGAACUUGUGAGAUGCCUCAAAGCAAACACUCCUGGAAUCGAUGAUGUUAUCUUCAGCGUUCACUGUCACAACGACCUUGGUAAUGCUACCGCCAACGCAAUCGCCGGUGUAUGCGCGGGAGCAAGACAAUUUGACGUAACGGUCAACGGAAUAGGCGAAAGAAGUGGAAAUGCGCCACUUGAAGAGGUCGUGAUGGCUUUGAAAUGUCGAGGAGCAGACGUGAUGGAUGGUGUUUACACUAGAAUAGACACACGCCAAAUUAUGGCUACCAGCAAGAUGGUCCAAGAAUAUACAGGCUUGUAUGUUCAACCACAUAAGCCUAUAGUUGGAGCCAACUGUUUUGUUCAUGAGAGCGGCGUUCAUCAGGAUGGAAUAUUGAAAAAUCGGAGUACAUAUGAGAUCUUAUCACCAGAACAUAUUGGGGUUGUCAAAUCUCAAAAUUCUGGAAUUGUUCUUGGAAAGCUUAGUGGACGCCAUGCGGUGAAAGAUCGGCUGAAAGAGUUGGGAUAUGAAAUCGAUGAUGAAAAAUUGAACGACACCUUCUCACAGUUCAGGGAUUUAACCAAGAAGAAAAAGAGAAUCACGGAUGCUGAUCUCAAGGCAUUAGUAACCUGUGGUGAUGAAAUCUCGUCAGAGAAACUAAACGGCGCUAGCGGUAAAGAGACUAACGGCUAUGUACCACUCCCUCAGAUUUCCUCAUAA